GCCGUCGCCUGUUCUACGUCGUUACAAGGAUCCAAAUCCAUUUGUUGUGCUCUCUGAAUCAAGAAUGGAUAGGAAAGUUGAAGUGGAUAACCUUGAAACGCGUCUUGAGACGCUGGAAAGUCGUAUAUACGGUGAAAGAAGGAACAAGGGAGGGAAACCCAUAAAGUGUGCAGAUUCCCUUUCCAGAGUUCAGGCCGCCCUUGCAAACACUGCAAAUAAGAGGGAACGUGUGAAGAUUCUACACAAAAAGAUUGAGGACCUGCUGAAGUAUCUGGACCCUCAGUUCACUGACCACAUCACUGUUCCUGAUGCCAUGAAGCUGGAAUUCAUCCUUGCUGAGGAGGACUUCCUGCUUUCCCAGGCCACCCUUCUGGAGCAGGUCAGCAACCUCCAGCCACUAUUGGACAGCAACUACAUCAGAGAUGUGCCAGAGCAUGCCACCAAGCUACAGCGUUUGUCUCAGAUUCACAUCAAAGAGCAGGACCAAACUGAAGCCCAGUCCCUAGAGGUUAAGAAACUGUUUGAGGAGUACAACAAAAUGAUGUUCCUGCUGUCCAAGCAGUUCACCCAGUGGGAUGAGAACCUGCGGAAAGUGGAGGAGGCAAAGGGCAUCCGUCAAGUGGAGUAGCGACCAUGUCCAGAGAUGACUGUUAUGACAGGCAUGAUGUCAUUUUUUUUUAUUUUACUUUUAUUUAACCAGGCAAGUCAGUUCAGAACAAAUUCUUAUUUUCAAUUAUUUUCUGUGUGUCUAGGGUGCUAUAUGCAGCUUAAUGUAACUUGCUGGAUAUUAUUUAUUUACAGCUACAUCGAGACAUUUGCAUAGUUUAUUUUUUAUCCUUGUUCAUUUAUUCAACAUACAAUGUACCCAUGCAUUCCAAUUGUGCAACACUGCUCCAGGCAGUCACAAGACACUGCUUUUUUUUCUGGGUUGGUUGACUGUAGUGUAGUGCAAAUUCUUCUAACUUUCUUCUUCCACGAAGUUCUGGUUUUAAAUAGUUUUAUCAGACAGCAUGACCGCAAAUGUAGAAUAAUUGCAAUAAAAUCCAUACUAUUCAAACUGAACUGUUUGGUUACUUCUGUUUGCAAUACUUGUUUCAAUAUAUUGUUAUAAAACAAUUAAAGUCAACUUCAAAUGUG